UGGGGAAUAGCGCGUAAUUUCGUUUAAUAUACUGGUGUUGCUUUUGACAUCCGAUACUGACAGAAAUUAGGACCGCGGCACCCCGCGCACUGCACCUGAUCUCUAUAUCAUCCGUCAACGCGCACAAAAAUGCGACAGAAGGCUCAAAAUGGUCGCCACGUGGCAAACACGAGUCAACCAAUAUCGUUAGAUCAUCCCGGGCCAACACAAAGCGGGAUCGACGCCAGAUGCAGCGCCGUAUCGACCGUAGACCCGUCUCAUGUACUUCAAAGUACCGUGAUGCCACAACUUAGGCUCAGGAAAACCGUUUGUGUCAAAAAAGCCAUAGAAAAUCCCAGCAAAAUGCAAAAGAAAGCCGAUUCGAAUAAUACGCUCAAAUACGUUAGCUUGAUAACGUUAACAUUGCAAAAUGCAAUUUUGGGGUUGAGUAUGCGAUACGCAAGAACCCGAGAUGGAGAUAUGUUUUUUUCUUCAACUGCUGUUCUCAUGUCGGAAGUGGUCAAAUUUGUAACUUGCGUUGCAAUUGUUUACGUAGAAGCGGGUGGUGUUGCCAAACUGAUAGACACCAUUGACAAACAGUUAAUCAAACAGCCCAUGGACACUUUAAAAGUUUGCGUUCCUUCCUUUGUCUACCUUGUUCAGAAUAAUCUUCUUUAUGUAUCGGCUUCUCAUUUAGAUGCUGCAACUUACCAGGUUACUUAUCAGUUAAAAAUAUUGACAACGGCAAUGUUUUCGGUCUUCAUACUAAAACGGACAUUAUUAAAUACUCAAUGGUUCUCUCUGGUGACUCUCAUCGUAGGGGUUGUUCUCGUCCAGUUGGCACAAGGCGGUGAAUCUGUCUCGUCCCACAAUGCCGAAGGACAAAAUCGAUUCAUAGGGUUUAUGGCCGCACUGGCUGCUUGUGUACUCUCUGGAUUCGCGGGGGUAUAUUUUGAGAAAAUGCUCAAGGGCAGUGACGUAACCGUAUGGAUGCGGAAUGUGCAAUUAUCCAUGUGCUCCAUUCCUUUUGGAUGGCUGUCUUGCUACUUAUAUGAUGGAGCAGCUAUCAGAGAGAAGGGUUUCUUUUUCGGAUACGAUAAAUUUGUUAAUUACUUAGUGCUACUACAAGCGGUAGGAGGUUUAAUUGUGGCCGUUGUUGUUAAAUAUGCGGAUAACAUUUUAAAAGGCUUUGCUACUUCUUUAGCGAUAGUGAUCUCUUGCGUGGCUUCUAUUUAUAUUUUCGAUUUUCAAUUAAGCGCACAGUUUGCUUUGGGGGCUGCUUUUGUAAUUUUUUCAAUCUUCCUUUACGGCUAUACUCCUAAAAAAUUGGAAUCUUCAGGUGCUUUCAAGGUAUAAUGAUAAGUGAGUUUAUGAUAAAAAGGUUUUUUAAUUUAUAAGGCCAGUUUGUUUCAAAAAUAAUUGAUUACAUAUAAAACAGUGGCACCAAGUGUCAGAUGUGAGAAAGACCUCUUCAUGUGAUAUAAGAGAAGCAGAAAGUUUGUUUAAUUUGAACAACAAAAAUAUUAAAAGUAUGUCAAUAGGAACCAGUGAAUAUUACAAAUAUAUAGAAUAAGGAUACUGUAUAUAGUGAUAAAAGAUUUUGGACAAUUUAAUAGCAAACAAGAAGCUAAUCAUAGUAAUGAUGAAAAUAGGUGAAGGUUUAAUAUAUUUUUGCAUACAUGGUGAUAAUCUCAUCGAUAACAAUAAGGUACUAAUGGAGGGAAAACAUCGUUAUCUGUUGUAAAAAUAAUUAAAUAAGUAUUAAAGUAAA